AUGGUGUCUUUUUUCGGCCUCAGAUUCGGUGGCGACAAGAAGAAGUCUCAGAGCAAGCAAUCCGACAAAAAGCAAGUCGCCCAGCAGUCGAACCAGCGAUAUGGCAAAAACAGCCCCAAUGACAGCUUCAAAUUCCCACCGCCCCAGCAGACCUCCUCCCGGUCGGGCUCCUCGACAUCGACUGCUCGAAACUUGGGCUGGCGCGCCACCCUCAAAGGUGUGCCGGCAGCGUUGUCCAUGGUCGAUCUCACGUCGCCCCGGAAACCCAGCAUGGGCAGCCUGCGGCAUGGGCUCGACGGCGGGGGCUUCAAGCCCUGGAUGAAGCCGAAUGCGAGUAUGACCAACCUUGCUGUACCGAAUCCUUUUGGAGUAGACAAGGUGCCACCGCUGCCUGCGGGCUCGAGACAGUCUGCUUUGAUAGACCCUCUCGAUACUCGUUUUAAUAAGAAAUCUGGAAGCACUACAAACUCCACAAGUCAUAGUGGAGGUGGUAGUUUACAGAGAUCGGGAAGCAAGAGCCCACUGAGUCAGUCUGAUCUGAAAGCUGAGCCGGAGCCGAUGCCGGAGCCGGAGCCAGAGCCAGAAGCAACCAAGAAGGAUUCUGAGAACCUGGCCGGAUUGGAAGAGUUUGACGAUUUUGGUGAACCCGGACCCGAUGUUGGCAUUCGUGGUUCAGGAUACGCUGGAUAUCCAUCGCCUCCUCAGUCGGUCGAAACCGAAGAACAAUGGCCUCCCAUGUCUCCAGUUGAUGGAGAGGUAGGCGCAGAAGCAGAUGCGGAACGAAAUAGGGAGGCAGACAGGAAAGGAAGCACAAAUCAGACACAGCAGCAAUUCAUCGUUCCAGGAUUCGCCAAUGGACCUGGCCCUGCUAUGCUUCCCAGCCCAUCCUCGUCAACAUCGCGCAAAAGCGAAGACACGCGGGGAUCACCAGUUGUGCAAAACGUCCACGCAAAACGGGAUACGUUGACAUUCAACUCCUCGCGGAGAAGAAGCUUCACAAUGGUCGUCGAGGAAGAAGAGCUGGAAAAGCACCGGCAACAGCAGCAGCAUCGUGUAGAGGGCCUUGCAGGCAAUUUUUCUGAUUUCGACUUUGGUGAUGGAGUGGUGAACCAGCAGACUGUGGCAGUUGGAACGCUUGGAAUAGAGCUGGUGCAGAGCCCAGUCGAAAUGGAGCGGCCGCAUCCGUUCAAGGAAGCUGAAAAUGUCGAAGACGUUGCAAGCGCCAUGAGCAAAGAGAAUGGCGCGAGGACUGAAGAUGAAGGUGCUGUUGGCGAGAUAUUGGGUGAACAGUAUCAACAAAGCGAGCUGAGUGACACGGCAUAUUUGGCGUCACCUGUUGCAUCGCCGAUUGAAUCACCAGUUGAUACCUUUAUGAUGUCGCCCUUCGCAUCGCCCAUGGCACCACAGAAGCAAUUUCGGGCUUUCAGCCCAUUCAGCCCUCAGCGACUCCAAGUGGCAAUACCCGAUGAUGCUUCGCCGUCCGCACCGGCACAGCAGCCAUUGCCAUCGCCUUCUGCUGUUUCCGCUGGCGUUGAAAGCCCUCGACCGAAUCGAAGACCCUCUCAGAUGACAAUGGAAACUCCGAAUACACUGGCAUCGGUUCUGAAUUCGUUCGGAUCCGACCCGCCUCAGGGCUUCAAUUCACGAAUGACAACCGAAUCUCGUGCCCGCGGCCCCCCACAGCCGCUACAGCAAGCCGCAUUCCCAAGUCUUGCCGCCCGGAUGGAAACCCCCUCGCAGAGUCCCCGAUCGCCAUAUGGACCUGCUGCGGAUGAAAGCAACUAUAUGCGGGCACAGGAGGCACCGCGACCACCCAUGGACCGAGUGCCCAUGAGCCCCUUUGCUGCCAGAACCCCUAUGGAAGGCGAGUUUCCAGUCAUGAAAGGGCUUCCUCGAGGGCGACAGCCUCCUCGGCCGCAAGUGCCUUUUGAAGAUUCCCCAGACAGACGGACGGAAGAACGAAGCCCUCGCCCAUUUUCCAAGUGGGGAGGCUUUGGAUUUGACCGGCCAGACACGCGAAACUCUCCACUGCCAAAACCACCACGCACUCCAAAGGGUCAGCCCCCAGCCUCACCAAGCUGGUCUAUCUCAACCCCUACAUCCGACAUUGCACCGCGACUUCCCAGCCCCACGUUCCCAUCUCUUGAAAAAGCCAUAUCAGCCACGAGCGAAGAUCUGGCCAAGUCUUUUGAGAUGUCGUUUGAUGCUCCUCAGCCGUCACCUCUUGCGAACGAAUUCUCCAUCCAUGAUGUAGCUAUCCCUAGCGCAAAGUCAAGUCCUGUAAUACGCGUUGAAGCCAAAAAGGCACCUCCACGACCUACACCAUCGCCUAUCAACUUGCCGCCGCUGAUGAGAGAGAAGGGCCCAUUAACGCCAAGUCCCCUGUAUUCUCCUUCAGGAUCGACCUUUAUCUAA